GGUAAAAUUGAAAAUCGGCCAUUUUAUAUUUUCACUGAGUCGGUGUCGCAUUUGUUAUUAACAAAUUAACAAUACAUUUGCUGUUUCCACUUUUCUAAACCUAUAAGUUUGUGCAUAACUGCUGAAAAAAAUAUAAAUUUAACUUGCUUUGAGAUCUUUCAAUAAGUGCAUACACUGUGCGAAAAAAUGGCGAACCGUCGCCCUCAAGGAGGUGGUAGGCGCAUGGAUUUUGGCCGCAACGAUCGAUCGAAAAAUUUUCGUGGUGGUGUCUCACCAUGGCAAGGUGGCGGCCCGGGCGGUGAUCUUCCGAACCUCCUUCCUCUGGGAGGUGGCCCUACUGAAGCUACUCUGGCUCUUGCUAGCAACAUUAUCAACCUACUCCAACCGCGUCAGAAUCCGGUGCCUUCCUUACUCGACAUGCCUAUGCGGCGUGAUUUUGGUCCAAACAUGAAUCGGUAUGACCGAGGUUAUGGACCAAAUAGGAUGGGCAAUCAAGGUAAUUUCCGGCGUACGGGAAAUUACAAUCGUGCUGGUGAGCGUAUCAACAAUCGUAAGCCGUUCAGGCCCAAUGAUGGGCCAAGACAACAAAACAAGAGCUCCCCGAAAAAGGAUGCCGAUUCUAAGGCUAAGCCUGUUAAGGACAGCGAGGAAAACAAUGAUUCUGAUAAGCUGGAAAAAUCUGAAGAGGACAAGAAAGAUACUCCGAAAACACGCUAUGAUGAUAUCAACCCGCAACUACUGAAGUGCCACAUCUGUAACAAGAGUAUGUGGGAUGGAAGGUCAUUUGAAAAUCAUCUCAGCGGUCGAGCCCAUGCCAUUAUGAUGCAAAAGACUGCAGAGAGUUAUGCUCUCACUGCUGAUACUAUGAGGCAAGAGUUCAAGAUACGAGAAAUGAAACGGACUCGUAAAGCGGGGCAGCAGCCGCCGCGCGACUUCUACUGCGCCAUGUGCGACAUGUACGCGGCCGACGGCGCCAUCCACCGCACCACGGUCGGACAUCGCAAGCUCAAGAAGUACCUGCACCCCACCUGCACCUCGUGUCACAAGGAGAUGCCCACCAGGAUCGAGCUGGACGAACAUCGUCUCACUGCUGAGCAUUUGAAGAAUAUGCAGGAUAAGCAGGAGGUCAUCUCCAAGCCGAAACCGGAAGUGAUGAUAAUAUCAACACUGAAUAUGGAGCAGAUGUACCUUCGUGAUGACAGGCAACGUUGGAAGCGCGGGGAGCGACAAGAUCGGGACAAGGACGAGGCAGAAAAAGACAGUGAGGCAAAGAAGGAGGAAGGUGAAGUCGAAAUUAAGAAGGAACAAGAAGAUGUUGAAGUUAAGCAGGAGCCAGAAGUGAAGAAAGAGAGCCUUGAUAAUGAAACCACAAUCCUGGACUUCAAAGAGGGAGAUGACAUAACCAAUAUGACUGCUGAAAUGUUGCCCGUUUACAGCACGGAGCGCGGCGUGGGGCGCUCGUUCCUAUCGCCCUUCAGCUGCGUGCAGUGCACGCUCUGCCGUAAGCUGCUGGACAGCGACGAGACCGCCGAGGUGCACCUGCGCACCUGGCGCCACCACCAGCUCUUCGUGCGCCUCCUGGGCGACAAGAGCGGCAACCAGACACUACAACCAACAGCAGAGAGUAGUAAGCGGGCGAUGAAUAAUGACGAUUCUGGUACAUGGAAGAGACGCAAGACAACCCGUGACGAUGAAGAGGAAGAACAAAAAGAACAGAAUGGACAUGAGAGUACUGUUAAAAAAGAACCAGCAGAGACCGAAGCAGAAGUUGAAACUAAUUUGUUCAAUGAAGAUGGUGAUCUCCCCGCUGCUGAUGACCUUGAGGACUGGGAGCAGUCGGUAGAUGAGAUACUCUACGAUGAGAACAAACGCGAAGACAAACCAGAGGAAAAAGCAGAACCACCAGUUGAAGAAGAACCAAAAGCUGCUGAGCCCGAAGAAGUAAAAGCAACUCCUCCGCCAGCCGCUCAACCGAAGUCUUCACCCACGGGUCGUGGCAGAGGGCGCCGUCGUUAUUAGACGCAUUGAUUGUUUGUUCAUUGGACAAUCAUAUCACUCCCAUACAUUUUAUAAAUCAUAAUAAGGCAACAGUACCGUCUGGUUAUCUCUACUGCGAGAUUUCACGUAAUUAUCAAAGUUGCUGUUGAGAGAAACAUGAAGCAUGUAGGAACGGCGAAAUGCCGAUACACUUUUUGAAAACUACAUUAACGGUAUAUAACUGUGUUGAACUUCACCCAUCAGCUUAUUGCAAGAACUCAUUAAUUCAAAAAAGUGACAUUUGUGCGUUUAUAAUAAAUUAAUAUGUAUUAUGACACAUUUUAAUUAAUCAGAUGUAUUUUUGACAGCUUUGGUCAGAUUUGACUGUAACAGAAUGUAAGCUUACAAUUAUUCUAUGUAUGAUUAACAAGGAAAUUGCUACUAAUACUUGUCUUAAAAAUUUAAUUGACUUUGUAAUCUCAACCGUACCGAUCAAUCUCAUUUGUGUCGUCUCCAUCCUACGUGAUAUUGGCAAAAUAAACUGCCCUGUCGGCACAACUAAAAGCCAUUAAACUGAGAAUUGAUUGAUCCAUAAAAUUAUUCUGUUAUAUAACAAUGUACUUGAUAUAAAAAAUAGUUUGUUUCAACAAUACAUGAAAUCAAUGAGAUGAAAUUUUGUUAUUAUUUGUUGUUACUGAGUUCUCGCAGUAAGACAAUGUACUAAGGGUGCAAAAUUCUCGUAGGAGAUAUCUGACCGUCAUAAUCACUACACAAUUGUAGCAAAACUAUUUGUUAUGUUGACAUUAUGCAAACUUAGAUUUGAAAUUAUGUAUAGUGAUAUUUUAUUUAAAUAAAAACUGAGAUAAUUGUCUGUAUUAGAAAUGUAGAACAAAAUAAUUCUUCAUAUUACAUAUAAUUAUCUGAUCUCGAAAGAUAUACUAACAGUGGCAGAUGAUGUUCAACAUCAGAUUGGUUAUAAACUAGAUGCUCAUUGGUGGACAGAUGUUAUAUUGUCUGCUGCAAGCCAAUGCUCAUUCAGAUUAUAAUUGAAUUAGUUAAACUGUCCUUGAUCAGCAUUAACGAAUCAGGUGAUUAGCAGUAGAAAAUGAUUCUCCUUUUGUAGUAGCUUCAUAUAUUAAAAAUAGAUAUUUAGUGUCUUUUAUCCAAUCUUAUAAAAUAUUUAAACUCAAUACCUUAGACCUAUAUGAUAGUAUACUAUUAUAUACUUCCCAUGUAUGGUAUAUAAUCAAAUAUAAGCAAUGUCAGAUAAGAAUACUAAAUAUGAUAAAGUCAUUAGUUGCCCUCCUUAAGAAUUAGAAUUGUAUAGUGGUUGUAGUUACACAAUGCUCUUAUCGUUUGAAUAUACUAUUUCUUAUGACAAAGACAUUGUAUAAUUAUACAGAAGCUAUAUGACUUUUGUUAGUAAGACUAAGUAAUUAGGUCCGUGUAGAUCUUGUUGUUCUUGAUUUGAUUUUUCAAUUUUGGAUAAGGGAAUUCACUAUUUAUAUUUCAAUAUCAGAUCUACUGAAAGACUUCUUAGCUUGAUGAACUCAUAACGCAGGGGCUAUUAAAAGUAUUACUCUCCAACUUGAAAUGUAGAUUGAUUUGUUAUCGAUCGAAAAUACAUAUUAUGUAGGAAUCUUAGAUAAGUUAUAUGUCUAGAUAGAAUGUUGCACUACAAAAGAAAUAAAACAAACUAGCCAACAUUAUAAUCUUGGUGUGAGUGACCACUACGAUUGACACUCGUCACAAUACCCAGGCUAUGACAAAGAUUUCAUAUGUAUUUCACUCCUAAUUUAUAUUUCCUACAUUGUUUUGUAGUUAGUGUUUAUUGGUUAUUACAAAAUUUCUUUAAGAAAUGUAUAAAAACCAAUAAUCAUUUAGAUUUAAUAUUUCCUACAUGGCUAUAAGUUGUGCCAAUUAAGCACACAGAACACUAACAUAAUAUAUCAAAGAGGUUAUUGGUAAUUUUUACUUUAUAAUAGUUGUAAAACAUUAAAAUGCACAAAAAUAUUGUGUCAUAAAAUAUUCUCCUUUUAAGGAAUAUAAUGAUAGGCUUAGAAGAAUGCAAUUUAGGUGGAAUUUUAUAUUAAUGAAUUUUAAUAAAAGUCGUAUAUAAUGCAUCUGGAAAUUUUCCGAAUUCCAUGAUAUGAUAUGAUGAUGUACACACAUGUUUAAAAAUUAAACAUUCUAGACAUUUAACAUUAUUAUUUACACCAAAAUCAAGACUAUUUUGUAUGAAACAAAUUGGAAAUAAAUAGUGAUUUUUUUCAUGACAAACAGAAAUUAUUUAUUCAAGUAGGCUGUUAGAAGCACUUUGGAUUGUCAUUUUAUUAGAUAAAAUAAAAUUUAACGUUAUUUAUAAAGUUAAUAAGCAUCAAUCAAAACAAAAGUAUGUUUUAGACAAUUUGAUUCCCUUUU